AUCGAAUUUCUUUAACACCUUACUGAAGAUUUGGUGAUGGACGGGUGUAAAAGUAUUAUAGUACCUCUAGUGCUACUGCUUGCUUGGCGAGUGAGUUGCGCUGAUUAUUAUAGCUCCUACUAUGGUGCUAAACUAACCAGUGCACAAGUAGACGCAUACAGAAGCAACGGGACUUUGGCAAACUGCACCAACGUCGUAGAACCAUGUAACCCAAAUGAACCAAGACGUAUUAAUGGAACCUGCAAUAACCUUAAUAAUCCUACAAGAGGAGCCACGAGGACACCCUACUAUAGGUUAUUAGACGCGAGUUUCGUCAAAGCCUCUGACUCUGUAUUUAACCCAAGAGUAUCAGCAUGUACUGGUGCCUCGCUAGCGGGCGCGAGAGACCUCCGCCGUACACUCCUGGUCGACGGUCGCGUUGAAGACGACAAGCUCACUCAUGCGGUCACUCACAUGUCCGUGUUUUUCGCUACUGACAUCACCAACACACAGGAUACCACAAACUACGUUGUUUGGAGGCCGUAUUGCUGUAAGCCAGAAGGUGCUAAUGACCCCCAAUGCGCCCCGAAUCUAGUGCCAGCUGAUGACUACGUCCACCGCUUCACCAAUAUUGGAUGUCUGAACAUGACCAAGCCUCUCACCUUCCAGACUUCAGGAUGCCUUGCCCAAACUACAACUCCCCUUAGAAUUGUAGAUGCUACGCCGCUGUUCGACUUAUCUCCAGUUUACGGUAACGUCGAUGAACCAGCCAGGAGGACCAAAAGCGGCGGAGAACUUAGAAUAGAAACAAUUGACGGUAUCAUGUUCCCGCCUACAUCUGGAUUAAACCUAUUGCUCGGUGUAAACUUUAUCGGAAUCAUUUUCUUCUGGCGGUUCCACAACCACAUCGCUAAGAAGAUAGCCGAAGUCAAUCCUUGUUGGACUGAUGAACAAAUUUUCCAAACAGCUAGGGAAAUCAAUAUAGCUAGUGGCAGCCAGAUAUUGUACUAUGAACUCAUGGCAACCUUGAUGGGUGCUGAUAAUCUUAUCGCUGAUGGUGUCUUAGCAGAAGAUCAAAGUACUUUCAGAGACCCAUAUGACCCUACUGUUAUACCACAGAUUUCAUUGGAAUAUCCUGCCGUAUUACGUUGGAUGCACUUGAUGCAAGACGGCGCAUUGAAAUUCUACGACUCAAAAGGUACUUAUCUCAACAAUUCCUUCCCCAUGGUGAAUCUCACUUCGAAUAUAAACUUCAUCAAACGAAAUGGCAAUAUGGCGUACAUCACCCAAGGAUGCUUCAGACAACCCACUGGUAAAGUGAAUGACGCUGUUGUAGACCCAGAUCUCCUCAAUUUGGGACUUGGAGGUCUCCAAAGAUCGAACGACAUAUUGACAAAUGACUUGGCUAAGAACAGAUACUUCGGUUUCCCACCUUACGUUAAGUACAGGGAAUUCUGUUCUGGAGAAAAGGUGACCUCAUUUGAAGAUCUGAGCUCAAUUAUGCCUUAUUGGGCGAUAGAUGCUUUGAAAUCUAAGUAUAGUUGCUUUGAGGACAUUGAUUUAUUGGCGGGUGUUUGGAUGGAAAGCAUAAUAGACAAUGGAUAUGUACCGCCUACUUUCUACUGCAUUGUCAAAGAACAGUUGCUACAUAACAUCAAAUCUGAUAGACAUUGGUACGAAAGAGCUGACAGACCAAAUGCUUUCUCUGAAGAACAAUUGUGCGAGAUAAGAAAAAUCACGACUGCCAGAAUGCUGUGUGACAUCGGAGACUCGGUCAGCGAAAUUCAGCCGAGGGCGUACGAAUUAGCGGGAGAUGACAACGUGGUCGUCCCUUGCAGCGAAAUUCCUGACAUGGACUACUCAGUAUGGGCCGACAGCACUUGCUCUGAAUUAAAAUCCAAACAAUAGGCAACUGAUUGAUGAUAUUAUUAUAACUUUUUUUAAUAAAGUGGUUCCCAUAUU